AUGGCUUUCAUUGUCCAAAUUAAAAAUGCCGGCAAGGUGUACGAUAUAGAGCUAGAAGAUUCUUCGACUGGUGCUGAGUUGAAGCAAAAGAUCCAGGAGCUUACGCAGAUUCCUAAAGAACGUCAGAAGAUCUUAGUCAAGGGAGGCAAAUUGACAGAUGAUGCUGCUGUUGCAGAGCUCAAAUUGAACCUCAAGACUCCAAUUAUGGUUUUGGGUACCCCUGACAAGGACCUUCCUGUCAAGGCUCCUGAGAAGCAGGUAUUUUUGGAGGAUUUGAAUGAAAAUCAGUUGACAAAGACAUCCCAGGAGCCUUCUGGAUUGGUGAACUUGGGUAACACUUGUUAUUUGAAUUCUUCAUUGCAAGCAAUCUACAAUAACAAAGACAUUGCAUCUCGUGUCGGCGAGUACGUGGGUCUGCUGGGUGGCAAUUCGCUUGUGACCAGCUUGAAGGGGAUCUUCUCUGCCAUGAACAAGAAGCAGGAAGAUGUCAACCCGACAUUCUUCCUCAUGCAAUUCAGAAGUCAAUUUCCUCAGUUUGCCGAGCAAGAUAGGGGCUUUUACAAGCAACAGGAUGCUGAGGAGGCCUACUCGCAACUUCUCAAUGUGUUGAGCUCUGCGUUGAAUGUGGAGGACUACUUGAGAGUGGACUUCAAGUCGAAGACGAAAUGUUUGGCAUUGCCUGACGAGGGCGAGAAAGAAGGUGUUGACACUGCCCUCAAGCUCAAUUGCCACAUAGAUAUCAAGACAAAUUUCUUGAGAGACGGUCUUUUGAAUGGUUUGAAGGACACCAUCGAAAAGUACAACGAUACAUUGCAGUCUAAUACCGAUUAUGAGGUGAGCAAGACAAUUACCCGUCUUCCAAAGUACUUGACUGUUCAUUUUGUCAGAUUCUUCUGGAGAAGAGACACGCAAAAGAAGUCCAAGAUUCUAAGAAAGGUUCAAUUCCCAUUUGAAUUAGACGUUGCAGAGAUGCUUGACGACUCAAUCAAGUCAGAAAAGGUGAAGGUUAGAGACCAAUUGAGAAAGAUCGAGAAGGACAACACCGAAUUGAUCAGGGACUUCAAGAAGGCAAAGAAGGAUACUUCGUUAACCCCUCAGCAACAGCAAGAGGAGGACGAGUUGAAGUUGGCAUCUAUCAAAUCCAAGUUCACGGAUGAUUUCCAGGAUAUCUUGUCGGACUCGGUCGACCUAAGUAAAACUACUGAGAACCCAUCCUCGGUGUACGAGUUGAGCUCCAUUGUCACACACCAGGGUUCGUCCGCAGACUCCGGUCACUACCAAGCAUUUGUGAGAGAUGAAAACGACUUGGAAGGCAACAAGUGGUGGAAGUUCAACGAUAACAAAGUCUCUAACGUUCCAAGAGAGAAGAUCGAGAUGCUUGCCGGAGGUGGUGAGAGUGAUGCUGCAUUGAUCCUUUUCUACAAGGCCAAGGGUUUGUAA